AUGGCACACGUCUCCUAUGUGGCGGCUUUCUUUCUAUCUCUGAUUAAGCUCAGCAUUGGCCAGAGAGAAGUAACUGUUCAGAAAGGACCACUGUUUAGAGCUGAAGGUUACCCUGCCAGCAUUAGCUGCAAGGUAACUGGCCACAAGGGCCCUUCGGAGCAGCACUUCCAGUGGUCGAUUUACCUGCCGACAGCCCCAACCCAGGAAGUCCAGAUAGUUAGCACCAAGGAUGACAGCUUCUCCUACGCAUUGUAUGCACAGCGGGUGCGAAGCCGGGAAAUCUAUGUGGAAAGGGUCCAGGGCAACUCAGUCGUGUUGCACAUCGCAAACCUCCAGAUGAAGGAUGCCGGCGAGUAUGAGUGCCACACACCCAGCACUGACGAAACGUACUUUGGGAGUUACAGCGCAAAGACGACUCUAACUGUUAUUCCAGAUGCUCUCACCGCCACCAUGAAUCCCCAGGUUCUGAAUAAGGAAGAGGGUGACCCCUUGGAACUUACCUGCCAGGUCUUCAAAACCACAGCUCAACAUACCCACCUCUCUGUCACCUGGUACGUGAUGCAGGAGGGAGGCAGAAGCCAAGCCACCAAGGUGAUUUCCCUCUCCAGAGAUUUCAUGUUGGCCCCCGGGCCCUCGUACACAGAGAGGUUUGAAGCCGGUGAUGUUCGCCUCGACAAGCUUGGGGUCUCGACCUUCAGACUGUCCAUAGGGAGACUCCAGCCUUCAGAUCAAGGCCAGCUGUUCUGCGAGGCAAUUGAGUGGAUUCAGGAUCCAGAUGAAACCUGGACUUUCAUCACUAAAAAGCAGACAAAUCAAACAGCACUGGAGGUCCAGCCUGAAGUGAAAGAUUUUCAAGUCAACUUGACGGCUGGAAGCAUGUUUGCUGAAGGGAAGCCCUUGGAGCUGGUCUGCCUGGUGCUGGGCAGCAGCCGGGCCCCCCAGCUCCAGGGUGUCUGGUUCUUCAAUGACGAAGAAACGGCCAGCGUGGACGCUGCCGGGGUCCUGGAUUUGAAGACCAGCUACAGAGAAAGAGCAAGCCAAGGACAGCUGCAGGUGUCAAAGCUCAGCCCCAAGGCUUUCUCUCUCAGGAUCUUCUCCGCGGGCCCAGAGGAUGAAGGCACCUACAGAUGUGUGGUGAUGAAGGUGGAGAGAACACAGACAGGCUCCUGGCGGGUGCUACAGAGGAAACAGUCGCAGGACAGCCCAGUGCGCCUGAGGAAGCCGGCAGCAAGAAGCGUGACCCUGUCUGAGAAGAACAAGCGGCAGGCAGUGUGGGAAGGCGAGGCACUGGCCCUCCUCUGCCAGGCAGGCGGAGAGGAGAGUCCUAUCUUGGUGAGAUGGUGGCACAUCCCACAGGGCCAGACGCAGCCAGAGUUUGUGGCUGCCAUGGGGCAGGAUGGCACUGUGCAGCUGGGUCCCUCCUAUGGGGAAUCUCGGAACCAGGGCAACGUAAGACUGGCGAAGGUGAACUGGGCUACUUUCCAGUUGGACAUCACCUCCACCGCCAUCACAGACAGCGGGACUUACCAGUGUGAGGUGUCUGAGAUGAUCCGGAACCAGGCCAGAAAUGCGAGGACUCAGAUUUUGGUCACUGUGAAGUCUCUGGAAUCAAGUUUGCAAGUUACUCUGAUGAGCCGUCAACCGCAAGUGAAGCGAGCUGACACCUUUGACCUGUCGUGCAUCAUCAGGGCCGGCUACUCAGAUCUGAAGCUGCCACUCACUGUGACGUGGCAGUUCCAGCCAGCUGGGUCUCAAGUCUCUUAUCGACUCAUUCAGAUGGCCCAUAAUGGUACCAUUGAAUGGGGGGAUGGCCUCUCCCAGUUCCCUAAGAAGACGGAGGUGUCACAGGGACCGUUUCGUUCUCAACUGCUCAUCCAUGAUGCCACAGAGGAAGAGGCAGGCGUGUACCAGUGUCAAGUGGAAGUUUAUGACAGAAAUUCCCUGUGUACCAACAGCUCCGCGAAGGCUAAGGCCAUUUCUCACCCACUAAGGAUUGCUGUCGCUUUACCAAAGAGCACGCUCAAAAUGAAUUCAACCAGUCAAGCCCAGGAGGUCUCCAUCAGCUCCAACGUGGACAUAGCAUGCAGCAUCCUGGCCCGGUCGGAAGGAAAUCUUCCAUUAUCGGUCAUUUGGUACUUCGCUCCCAACUCUGCGAAUCCAGCCCAGCUGAAGAUCUUGGAGAUGGACCAAAACGAUGUCAUACAAUAUGGGGGUGAAUUUCUUACCCCGAGGAGAAAGCAAAAAUUUCACAUGGAGAAAGUUUCCCAGGCCCUGUUUCAGCUGCACAUUCUGAAUGCGGACCAUGAGGAUCUGGGCAGUUACCACUGUGCCGUGGACGAAUGGCUCUUGCUGACCAACGGCACCUGGCACAGACUUGGAGAAAAGAAGUCGGGGCCAACAGAAUUGAAAAUCAAGCCCACAGGAAGUGAAGUACGUGUCUUCAAAGAGAACUGGACAGAAAACGCCAUAGAGCACUCGGACGUGGCCCUCCACUGCCAGCUGGAGAGUUCAGGCAGCCUGCCCUCCCUGUUCUCAGUCACGUGGUACUGGAGCAGCGGAAGUUCCAGGAGUCAGAUGCUGGUGAGCCUGCAGCACGACGGCUUGCUGGAGUACGGAGAGGAGGGCUUGGCCAAGGACCUGCACUGUUACCGCUCAUCCCCUAAAGAUUUUGUCCUGAAGCUGCAUCGGGUGGAACUGAGAGAUGCCGGAAGGUACUGGUGCAGGGUGUCAGAAUGGCAGUUACAUGGAAAGCCAAGCAAGUGGGUCAACCAAGCGUCAGACGAGUCAUGGCACGUGGUGCUGACGGUGCUGCCUUCAGAGCCCACCUUUCCGUCCAGGAUCUGCUCGUCGCCGUCCUUACUCUACUUCCUGGUCAUCUGUCCCCUCCUGCUGCUGGCCCUGCUGCUCGCCUCCCUCCUCUGCUUGCACUGGAAGACCAAGAGGCUGGCGACGCUGCGGUUCGAGGCGAGUCAAGAAAAAGCGCUCUGGGUGGGCAUGAAGAGGGUGGGAGACAAGACCUCCUGCAAGAGUGAAGAAGAUGAGGAGGAGGAAGGCAACUGAAUUCUCGGAGAAAGCCCAGGCCUGAGGGAAAGAGGGUGGACUUCUGGAUGGGAGCAAGCCGGGGUGACGGGGUCGCCCGCGUUCUUGUUCUUUCCUUUGCGGCUUUGGGCACGUGACUAAGAGGCAGCGGGAGCAUUGGUGGAGCACUUGGGAGCACCAGACCCUGUUCGCCAUGUCUUGGUAUAGGAUCUCAUCCAAGUCACUGCGAGGCUGAAUCAGCUCAAGGGCAGUGGGUUUGAUUUGGGGAGUGACCCCUCAUCUCAUGAGCUAUCUACUAACAGUAUCUCGUUGUCCUUGGCCACCUCUCCCAGACAUCCCACAUGCCUCCUCUGCAGGAGGCAAGGUCCCUCCCUCACAUAGUGAUGUGCAGAUUAGAGGGGACCUUAUAGGCGAAGUCCUGGGAGGGCUCCCCUCUUCUCCUCCCUCGUCUCUGUUUCUCUGAAACCCUCGGGCGGACCAGUCCCAUAAGCCCUAGAUAAUCUACUAGACAACAGGCGUAGGAAAGGACACGGUGCAAGCCAGGCAAAAGGAAUCGGGUGUAUGUUCCCAUUUCCAUCCAUUCGGCUUCCCCAACAAGAUGCAUCUUCCAGGAAGGCAGGACUCCAUUGUCUCCCUCUGUCCCACUUAAAAUUGAACUUGGCAUAGUAGGUGCUUAAUCAACAUGGUCUCUUUGACAAAAGUAUUAAAAAAACAAACAAACACUUUGUAGCUUGAG